AUGAGCGGACGUGGAGCCGCGGCAUCCGCCGCCGGCAAACCAGGCGGCGACGGAGGAAAGCCAUCCGGUGAAGACCUAGCCGCCACUGUACCAGAAGCCGCUCCCUCUGCUCGACCCUAUAUGCGCGUCUUGGGUCCCGCUUCGUCUCGAGGAGGCUCCAACAAGAGCGUGCGAGUGGACGCGUUGACGUACCAGACCUGGACAAAUCCGUAUCUGCCUGCUGGCGCGUCAGCGCAAGAGUUGAGAGAGGAAGCGGAGGAGGCUCUCGCUGCAGAGGCAGACUUCGAUCGGCAGCUACUUGCGCUGGAUGCCAGGCUAGGCACUGCAAGAGAAGCGAAAGGAACAGAGCAGGAGGCGGAAGGCGCUGAGGCAGAAUGCGUGAGGUACGGAAGUGAGGGAGAAGACGGUCCUGGAAGUGCAACCAACACAGAGGGCAUAGAUGGCGGAGAGCGCAUGUCGCAUCCUGAGACGCUUCAGGGCCCCAGCAAGGCUGAAGAUGCGGAGGAGACACCGAAGGCGUUGGAAGAGGGCCAGGUCGAAGCGGUUGCGAGGGGUCACACAGCAGCGCAUGCAAGCGUAGAAGAGGAUGGAGAUGACGAGCGAGCCGAGGCAGGCGGCAGCUCGUCUCGUGAUCGGUCUCCAGAGGGAGGUUGGAUGCCGCGCAGUGAGGACGAGGCUCAGAACGAGGACAGUCAGCCUUUGAAGACGGACGAUCAAGGACAGUCGACGCCAGCCUCGCGGCUCCACGAGCAGCGACCCAGUCGAGAAGAGGGCGGAGAUAGUGGCGCGUUGGCCUCUUUUCACGACGCUGCUGUUUCCACCGAGGAGAAAAGCGAUGGGGACACAGAAGAGUUUCGAAGGCGCGUGAAGGCGGAGUCUCCUGUGUCUGCGGGCCUGUCGCCCGCGCCCUCUUCUGACCAGGAAACAUCCCAGGGACCUGACGAGAGUCGCGAAGGAUCCAUGGGUUUCCUAAGCUGGAUGAAGGUGCCUUCAUCUCGAGGCGCUCCCAGACAGAGCGUGUCUCCGUCAGGACAGCGUGCAGUGGAUUCGGCGGCGUCCCUUCCUGCGCCGCUGAGCCCCAUCGCUGUGCCUGUCGCUCAGCUGGUGACUCCAAUGCCUUUCAAGGUUUUCGACUCCGCGCCCUUCCUUAUGCGGCGGGCCGCUAGUCCGGCUGGAGGGAAGCGGAACGCCGGCUUUGGAGAAAAGAAGGGCAAGCGGAAUCCGGCUUGUCUGAAUGUGCCGGAGGCGACGCCCGCUUCAGGUGCCGCAGGGGCCCCGAAGCGCGCGCUACAUGGAGACGGUGAGAGGGUCGGACGAAAGGGGGAGAGAGGCGUAGGCGACGACGAGAAGGCCACUCGGGGAGGAGGCGGUCGAGGACGGCGUCGAGGAGGCGGCGCGGGAGCCGUGUGUGGAAGUGAGAGAGGAGGCCCAGGCAGCAGUGCGGAUCUCCGGGCAGCUGUGAACGAGCCAUCGGAAGAGCAAGUGGCAGAGCUGCGGCAGCAACAGCUUCGAGUGCUGGAGGCCGAGACCGCCGCCUUCGCUGACGGGUGCCGAGACUGGUCUGGAGACUUCAACUGCCUGGACCAGGAGAAAGUGUAUGGUUGUCUCUAUGUUCACCGAAAAGUUAAAGUUCUUCAGUCUCGUGAAGCGCUUGCUGCGUUGGCAGCCGCAGCCAGUGAGGAGCGGAGUUCCGUCUCGUCUCCAGGCGGCGUUUGCUCAUCGCUGCAGACCUCGAGUGAGACUGGUGGGGACGGCUGGAAGACUUGGGAAGAAGAAGAGGACCUUAAGCAGCAGCAGCGAAUGUGGGCCGAGGAGGGAUACGGGAAGGAGUACGGAGCAGGCCUGGCGCCGCAAGGUCCGGGAGGAAGAUCCAAAGAAAAUCUGUUGGAGAUUCGCCAUCCUCAUAGCUUCGAUGCGUCGUCUAACUUCAUUGCGCAACACCUCCACAUGCCUGCGCGAAAGCUUCAAGAGAGGGCGACGGCUCUCUAUGCGUUCCACGACUCGUGUUGUUCGUCUGGUGAUCAAGCUGAGCAAGGGCCUUCGCACCCACCGGCGUCAGCCUUGGCUUCGUCCUUUCCGUCCCUCGUUCUCCUGCCGCAGCUCCUCCCAUCCGUCGGAGGGGCAGCGGGAGGCUCAUCUGCGGCCGGGCGCUCUUCAUCAGCCUAUUCAUCGCAUCUCAAAACAAGGUCCAGCUUCCCAACAGCGCCGUCGGACACCUGCGACUAUGCGUCGGUCCUUGGUGCAACGCUGGAUCGGAGCGGGUCUGCUGCACAUGGCGUGGCGCCUUCGUGUGCCGUCCCCCCCGGCCUUGCCUCCUUCAGUGCCCUUCAGAAUCUUCACCAUAAUGUCUCUGUCCAACUUCGAUUGGUCUCCGAUUGGAGACGCGCUGCGGCGAUUGCCCUCCAGGACGGCGCAACUGGCCCGGCAGCCCUGCUCUCUGCGGCGGCCCGAUUUGCGGAACUGAUGGAGGGUGCGAAGAAUGAAGACAGACGUGGGCACCAGUCUUCCGACGAUGAAUCGACUGGCGCGGUGGAAGGUGAAGACGCGCACGCAGAGGAUGCGACCCAUGGCGACAGGAUGGCGGAAGCCGGCGAAGCCACGCGGGGACCAAACGGGGGUGGUGAAAGUAACACCUCGCAGAUAAAGGACAAGAUGAGACAGCUCUCGGAGUGCGAGUCUGGCGUUCGUAGUUCCGCAUCAGCACCGCCGAGGAAGCCUGAUUCGAGAAGGCGAACCAAGUGGGAGAGAGAACGACGAGGCCGACUGUUCUCCGUCCCUCUUGGGGGCCGGCUGGAUAUCUUAGAGGCAGAACAGCUCCUUCAGGAAGGACUGCUUCUCCACCGUUUUGUGGGACUUCAAGAUCAGCUUCAACCUCUAGCGCAACGGAUAAAACGCUCUCGUGCCUUCGCAGCGAAGAUUCGCUCUCUCUUGCGAGGCGAGGGCCCUUCAUGUUCCACGCCGCCUCAGAAGACUUCUGGAUCCGACACGGACCAAGAAGCCCCGACGGCGAGCGCCGCAUCUCGGCCAGCAGGUUCAGGGGGGGCACGGACUUCGGGAUCUUCGACUUCCGGAGGAUCAGGCUGUGCAACGAAGAGCCGAAGCUCGCCUGCAGGAACAGACGGCGCAGCUGGGUCAGCGCGGACUCCCAACGAACAACCGUCGAGUGCGCCUCAGGAAUUCGGGGACGGUGCGGGAGGUGAAGGCUCGGGAGCGUCGGGAGGCGGAGCGAGUGGGAUCGAGGAAGCCCAGGGGGCUGGAAAGAAGGAUCAAGGCAAGGUUUCAAGUCGUGUGCGCAUUCCGAUUGGCGCGCUAAAGGCGUUACUAGUCGAAGGCUUUUUUUCGGUUCCUUUCCUAGUCCCCGAAUUUCUCUACCUUCUCCAACAACUCCAGCAAAUGCUUACGUGGAGGCAGCUGUUGCAUGCAGCGACGUCUGCAGGGGAUUUGCAGCAGUGCGAAGAACUGCUUGAGGAGGCAGACGACGUCUGCGUGUUCAUUCCUGGGUGGGAUGACUACAAGGGUCACGUCGCCGCCGCUGCGUGGAUUGAGAAAGUCGAGCGUCUGCUUCAGCGUCCGGUGCGCCUGCAGCUUGCGAUCGCGCUGAUCAAGGACGAGGGCGGAACCUCCGUCUACGUGCAGCAGAGUUCAUGCAUGCGCGAGCUGAAGAAGCGAUUGAAGGCCGCGCACCAGUGGAUCUGCCGAGUCCGCGCGCGGCCGUUCCGGCAAUUCCUCGAGGUGUCGUGCCCAGACAAAAAGUUGAUCGAAGAGCUGAACCAGCUCGCGGCGGAGGUUGAGCUCGUUCUCCCCGCUUCUGAACUCCAACACCCGUUCCUCCAUCAGGUCCACGCCUCGACGUCUUCAGCGCACGGGGUGUCAUUAUCAGCUGAGGACUCUGUCGCGCCUGUCGCGUCGGGUGCCUCAGGCGCAACCUCGCCGACUCAAUCGAGCUUCCAAAAAUGCACGGGAAAGCCUGGAUUGAAGCAAGGGUCGGCCGUUUCCCUGGCCUCGACUCCAGCGUCACCCCUGCCUGAGAAUGGCGGAGCAGGACAAGGCACCGAGCUUCCCUCAGACUCUGCCGACUCACCGUUGUCCUUCGGUGAAGGGAAGCCUACGCCUGAAGAAGUCGAGGAACUGGUUUGUGCGCACGCGUCGAUGAAAGUUCAAUUAUCAGUGGCGAAAUUCUUCGAGGCGCUUCACGGGCGCUGGCGCAAGUGGCUGAAACGGUCGAAGAAGGUGGGAGCAAGCUCUUUGUCUCUUCCCGAGACCCAGCAGCUGUUGCAAGAAGGCGAGAGCCUCGGUGCGUGUCUCAACAUCAACCAGUGGAUUCUCGAUCUCCGGCGGCACGUCGAGGCUGCGACCCAGUUCACGUCACGGGCUCGUCUCCUUCUCGACCGAGCUGCAGGUGCAGCAGUUGCUUCGGCGGCGGAAAGGGCGAGCUGGAGCGUAGGGUCGUUGGACGCUUUUCGAAGAAAAGCGAAGCUGCAGCCUGAGGACCUUCAGCACGUCCUGGAGCUCCAGCAACAGAGACGCGAAGGCACGGCAGCCGCUGCCGGAGAUUUUGGGAGCGGUGCCGGGGAGCAGGGCAGUGUGGAUCGACCGACCGUGGCAGCGUCCGUGGGAGACAGCGGGCUCGGCCGAGUCACACGAGGAGGUGGCGCUGCACAAAAGUCUCCAGGGACUGGCGAGGCCGAGAUAGGCGAUGUGCAAGCAGUGAAAAAGAAGGAUUUCGAAGGUGCAGAGUCAGAGGGCGCCGUUGGCGCGGAAGACGGAAUAAGUGGAACGGACCACUGUCGAGCGUCCUACGACGAACUCCUGGAAGUCAUUGGGUUACAUGAUUCUCUUGUGAUUAAGAAUUGGCCCCUUCACCAGGAGCUGCAGGAGCUCCGCGAGAAAGCUGGCCGGUGGUUGAAGCGGGCGAUUGAUCUCAUUGGCCCAGUACGUUCACCUGUCGAAGCCGGAAUGCGCCGCGUCGACCCGAAUGCGGAUGGUGCUGAGCGGGCGUCAUUAGAGGCGCCUGUGCCGGCAGAGCAAAGCCAAGUAGCCGGCGUAGACACACGCAGGGCGGACACAGGACCAAGCGCGGCGAAGAGCGGCGUUUCUGACAAAUCUUCAGACUUGUCUGCGCAGGUUUCGAGGGAUGUUGACGGGGCUGCGGACGCGUUCGCGGCCACGGAAGGCGCGCCGGAUCGGACCCAGACGGACCAGCAAGCGGGCACGUAUUAUCCACCGGCGUUGAUUGGUGGAAGCCCCACGGUGGUGCGGCAGGCUGCGCUGCUGCUGCUCGAUUGCGAUGGCGUCUGCAUUUGUGAAGCGACGGAGAAACGCCUGGAGCAGCUGCUGAAGUACGCGCUCUGGUGUCGGAGAGUCCACGCCAUGCAGUGCCCCGUGGACGAAAAGGAAGUCAAGGAACUCCUCGAAGAGCCGACACGCGAAGGCUUCUUCGAGUGGCUAGAUCGCCAGACUCCCGUGCGCCACCUGAUGCAAGCGGCAGCAGUGGCUUCAGCCCCCCGAAAGAGCACCAAAUCUCUCGGGUGGAAACGCGAUUUGGCAGGGACAGUUGAGGCCGCUGGGGAGGCUGCGGCGGCCUCAGCUGCCGCCGAUGUGGCCGCGGCUGCCGAUGCGCGGCGCGCCCUCGAGCGUGGCGAUGACGUUAGUGGAGAAGCCGUCGAGGUGGAGAGGGCCGAGCCAGAGGAAGGCCGGAGUGCGGCAGCAAGUCCGGAGGAUGAGGAGCCCGAACAGGACCAGGGGGAGAAGACGGAGGAAGCCGCGGCUGUGGCUAGCGAGCCUCAAACGGCGAAGGAGGCGAACACACAAGAAAAGGGACGGAGUGACGAGGUAGACGGGGAGAAACAACCGGAAGAGACGGAAGGUGAUGUUGAGGACGAAGAUGAGGAUGACGAUGGCGCGAAACAAGGCGACAGGCACAGACGCGAGCCUGAGCUAGGGAUGGAAGAUGCAACUCAAAAUGACGGCGACGCCCGGCAGCUUGCGGCCUGGGAUGAAUUGACGAAGCUCCCCGAGUUCGGGUUCAUCCAAGCGCUUGAUGCUGUUUCGUGUCAUUGGAACGAAAAGCUCGAAAAACUGAAGAAUGCCUCCCCGCUGCCGACUGCCUCGGACUGGCGUCAGCUGUUUGAGGAAGCGGCAGAGGCGCCAGUGCGUCUCGUGUCUCUGCGCGCGGAAGUCCACAGCUACCUGCAGCAGCAGCAGCGAGUCGAGGAGCAGCUGCGCCACACGUGUGCCUCGCCUGUGCUGUUCUCGUCGCUGAAGCAUCUUCGCCAGAUGCAGAAGGAAGUUCGAGGGUGCUGUGUGCGGGUCGAAAUGUGGGCGGCAGUGGAAGAACGCAUUGGCCUUCUCCAGCAUAUGGAGCAGCAGGCGCUGGCACUACUGCGGACGCGGCAGCCUCUCGUGGAUCUUCAGACAUUCCUGGCGGAGCAGCAGCAGGUGCUUGAGCUUCCUGAGGAGACGCCGGAUUUGCCCCAUCGGACUCGGGUGAAAGAGGCGGUUGCCAGCGCUGAGGCGUGGGCCAAACAAACCGUAGCUUUGCGAGAAAAAGGAGUGACGCUCCAGCAGUGGCGCCAACAUGUUCACCGGGGCAGCUAUUUGAAGGUGAUUGCCCCCGGCGUCGAGAAGCUGCGGCAACAGCUCGCGCAGAGCGAGGAGUGGAUGGCGGUGUACGACAAGCUGCUGGAGUUGCCUCAGCAACUGCGCGAUCACCGCCGGCGCCAGCGGGUGGUCUCCGGCAAGACACCUGUCUCACUAACCCUGUCUACCUCGUCUUUGUCUUCCGUUUCCUCUCCGUUCGCGCCUCACGUCGCUGGUGCGUCCUUCUAUCACCCAGGCUCGCUGUCGCCCUGUUCCCUGGGAGGCCAGUUGUACCACCGUGGGAGCACCUCGCUCGCAGACACGAGUCAACUUGGGAUGAACGACCGGGGCCUGGCGGCUUCGAUCGGCUGUGGUGCCGGCGCCCAGUUCGCUGUUCAUGGCAUCCAGGUAUCCCCGUAUUUGUCGCCCCUGGACGCCGGUGCUGGCUACCUUGGCGCUGACGAAAAGUCAACACCCGGUCAAAUCAGCUCACCCCUGCACGCAGCGCCUCCGACGACGGGACAUUUGUUUCAGGCGAAUUCGUUGACGCCCGUGGCCCAAGGCGAUCUGGCCACUGCAGAUCUGUCAGGUGCAGGUGCAGGGGGAACUGGUGGGUCAGGGUCUUUCUUCAGUUGCUGUCCCGCAGCGUCUCCCCUCUCUGGCAAACAGUCUUCGUUCGGUAUGCAGUCUCCACCAGUUUUCAGUGUCCCUACCGGAGCGGCGGGCGCUCAGCAGUACGCAGCGUCCGCCUACCAGCAACCUUCCUCAGCCAUUCAGGAAGGAAAGGAGAAAGCAGGGGAAGCAGGUCGAGAUAGUCCCGGCACCGCAGUUGCGGACGCAAAGCCGCUGUCCUGUUACUUGACACUGGAGGACGCGGAGCGGCUGACACGCCAGCCCUUCGGCUUGGGCAGCUGUCUGUCUACUUUUGCAGAGUUGUGUGUGGAAACCGAGGCUGCGAAGAAGCUUCAGGUGCGGUGUGUCUCCGCCCUCUACCAGUCCUACGCGGAGCGCCGCGCAUGUCUCUUCGCUGUCGGGGCCGGUCUGGAGGCAGGAGAGGCCCAGGCGUUCGAGAAGCUCCGGGACAAGCAGAAGGAAAUCAUGCUCCUCUGUGACGAAGAGGAGACGAAAAAGCAGCGCCGCAGGCGCGAGGAGGCUAGGACGAGGAGGGGCUAUGAAAUGGAGAAGUGGAAGUCGACGAGCAGAGGAGCGCAGAACAAGAACAGUAGUAUCGACGACAGCGGCGCGGCAGCUGAGGGGCCACCUGAAGAGAACGAGGGACUGGGAAGCGAAUCGGGACUCGGCUCGUGUGACCGGCGAACAGACGCAGAAGGUGGAACGACCAGCGUGUCGUCUGCUGCCGAGCAGUCUGAGAGGGGCGCGGCUGAGGAAGGACAGACGGGGGAGCAAGAACGCAGCGGGAGCGACUCUAUUUUUGCGCCGUCCCGCACAGGGUGGGAAGAAGAACGUCACAUGCGGCGUCGAGAAGCAGGGGAGGCGGAGAUUGCCCGGCGGGAAGCUCGGAUGCUGCAGCUGGACAUGCGGGAGGCCUUCUGGCAACUCAAGAGAACCACAAAGCGUCUGCAGCGGCUCUUGGUGGAAUGCAGGGCCUCACCAGUGCGCGUUGCAGAGACUAACUAUAUUCAGGCGGAGCUACGCAUUCGGAGUGUGAAUCACCAGCUGCUUUCGCUGCUCAGAUGCUCUCGCCACCCGCUUGAGGUUGCGGAGAAGUUCGUUCAGGAGGUGGAGAAGAGAAACCUCGAAGCGCCGAAGCGACGAGCAGCACAGCAGACCCCCAGCGCAGCCGGGGAAGUGUCUCUAGGGGAGGAGGGGAGGAUCCAGGAGGAAUCGCAGCUCGGUGGAGAUAGAUUCGAAGGCGACGAAGACGAGGCAGAAGGAGAGGAAGAAGAGGAAGAACAGAGCGGGGCACGGGGCGUUGGCGUGCAACAGGCGCCUCCUCAAGUGACGCAUCACAUGAGGACACGCAAGCGGGCUGCAGCCCAGAAUUCGCCUUCCGGGGCUCCCCUCUGUGGCGAUGCCGGGGACGGCCAGGCACCGCAGACCCAGGCCCUCCCGGGCAGCGGAGAAGUAUCUGAGUCUGUCUCGCUCUACCACGGUCAAUCCAGUCGCGACGAAAGUGGCCAAGUCUGCCAUCCUGCUGCUGUGGACACCGAGGUCUCCGGGCAAGACAGCGCGCCCUCCGAUCUAAAUGCUAGUGCGCCAGGAGCGACCACUUCAUCGCCAGGGUCGCACGGCACGCGAGGAUCCCAGAAGCGACUCCCGCCUCCGACGCGCCGCAGCUCACGCCCUACACGUCGGCCGCGCACCCACGGCAGGUCGCCCUCUCGACCGUCGGCGGGCGCCAAGACAGUUGGAGACAAUGUCUCCUCACCUACGAGCGCGGCGUUGCCUGCUCAAGGAGCGGGAGCCAAUGUCGGCGCGACGAGUAGCACACCGGCUCCAGGAAUCGCGCGAGCAGACCCCACAUCAACUACCAAACCUGCGCCACAACAGAACGGAGCCGCGGGUGUCUCGAGAGCUGCAGGCGCUGUACUGUUCCCUGCUGGGGGUAUCUCAGGAGGGGGCUUGUGGGACACGGCUGGAGUCGCAGUGGGAGUCGAGGCGGUGCGCAUGUUUGCAGACUUUGCGACAACUUUCUCAGCGACUCCUGGAGAGCGGGGAAAUGCGGCGGAAGACGCCAGUUCAGGCGACGAAGACAGUGACGAGGAGGAAGAGCGAAUUCGGGUUCUCCAAGAAGUCCAUCCACUCGACGGCCAAGCGGCGCUCCAGUUCGUUUUUCACAAUAAGGCUGGGAAAUCCCAUCGUCGCAGCUCCCCCGCCGAGGUUGCUGGGAGUAUUUUGUCUUUUCUUCAAGAUUCCGAGAAGAGAAAUAGAGGAACGAGUGACGAUAAGGCAGGGGAGGAGUCGUGGGAAGUGGAAGGAGCGAAGUCGGACGCGGACGUUGCUCUUGUACCCUUCGUUGGACCGCCGUCACUCAUCAUUGAUCUUCCUGGCUUUGCCGCGCUCAAGACGCGCGUGGCGGCAGCGGCGCGGUGGAUCGAGCUGUACAAACACCUCAAACUUCCGUUGGAUAGCUUCUGCGGGGUGAUUGGGAGCAAGGAAGAAGCGGCCUCCGCUGGCCAGCAGCUAGAGGUCUUCAGCCUGGCCCAGCGACAGAGGCAGUUCCUGCUUUGGGAACUCCGCCAGCUGCAGUUGGAGGAAACCGGGGGGUUGUGCGCGUGUAAGCAGGAGGAAGAAGAAGAUGUUGAUGAAGACGAAGAUGACAAGGAGCUGACCUCGCCACCUGCGAAGGCGGUUUCCGGCGACUCCUCUUCGGAACGGAAAAAGGCUGGGGCUCCACGGUGCCACGAGGGCGAAGAAGGCCGAGAGAACUCAGAAACGAGAUACGAGAGACAAGGAGAGAACAGAGGGGAAGAGGACCAGGAGAUUUCCGAAGCUGUCGUGUCAACGGACGGGGCUGAGCCAUCGUCCGUUCCAGAGCGGUCGCACACGGGAUAUGACCAGGGCUUGGACAGUAGCAUGUCGCCCGUGAAAAGCGCGGAGGGAGAGACAACCGUUCAGUCGGGCUCUUCAUCUGAAAAUGUGAAUUCAUUGGAAGGUGAGAAAGGCGGUGAGACUCACUGUCUUCGGGAAACCCCCGUUAGCGGCGCGAAGGGGCAGGAGUCACCAGCAGGAACAGAGCCGAAGACGGCAUCGAGCCGACCACACAAGUGCUGUCUCAGCGGGACGUCCGGUGGCGCAUUUCGCCACCAGGCUUCUCCGCUGUUCAUUCUCAAGUGUUUCCAGCUUGUGCUGCCAUUCCUGGCUGACGAAACCCAGAAGCUACUCCUGUACAUCCUUCUCCACGGUCUGGAACCUCGCAUGAGGCAGCACAUGCAAGUCGACCUCGAGAAGCUCUUGAGCAGUCUGCCUGCGCCUCUCCAAGUGAAUCCCGGCCUCCUUGCUGCUAUGCGUGGAAGCGAAGAGGAGGAUGCGGAGAAGGACGCCGAAAAGAAUGCAAACACGGACAUUGAGGGAGCGACGACGGAUGACCAGGAUCUCAGCGAGGAAGAUGCGAAAAAGACUGCGGUAGAGCAUGCUUCACAUGGACACCGGCAAAACGAGCCUGCGCAGAACAAGAUUAGGUGUGAUGCGAAUGAAUUAUGCGGCGGGCGAGGGUCUGAGUCGGAUGCCUUGCCUGCUUACGUGCCGACGGACGAGCCGGUAUGCCCUUGGUUUCUCCCCGUCUCUCGGAUCCCGCCGCCGUCGGCUCUGCUUCCCGCUCAAGGGCCUCCAACCGUGGCGGGAUCGACGUCUCAUGUCACGACUGGAGGCCCAUUCGGAAUGAAGAAGAAUCCGUCUCAAUCGUCGGCCACCGCAGGUGCAGGUGUGGGCAUUUCCUCUAACCCCGGGAAGGGUGCUGGUAGCCACGUAGUCUUUUCGGCUACGCCGGCAGGUGGACCGGGCACUGCAGGCCCGUCCUCCACUGCUGGAGGUGCGGCGUCUUCCGGGCUCUCGGGCUCAGCGCAGGCAGCGCCUUUCGAUGAGGACGCAGGCAUCGCGAGCUCCGAAGCUUUGCGGAAGGUUCUGGGCCCAGCGAUGAUUAAGAAGCUUGGCGCGUUGCCUCCACCACCUUCGGCGCCGUCACCCAUCUAUGCAUUCCAUCUCUUGACAGCGUACGCACUCCAGUAUCGACAUCUAACUUGCAGCAAAGUUCCGUGGCCAAUCAGUGAUAUUAAAACCUAUCCGCCGUCGCUCCUGUGUCUCUUCAGAACAGUCAAAGAGAGGAAAACAAUCCUCGAACACAUCACGAGCUAUACGUCCUGUCUCCGCCAUGGGUCGACCGGAUAUGCCUCCUCUCUCAGGGCAGUUCACGGCAUGCCUGGGAAUCUCGACCCAGCCAGCGCGGCGUUCCUCCCGUCCUUCGCGUCUCCUCUCUCCGCAGCUACAGGCGCUUCUCAGGGCCGGGCGGGGGCGGCUGCAGCGUGGGGAAGCCGAGUAGGACCGGGCAGCCAGCAUGCGCUCCCGUAUGCCCGGGGGAUGUCUCAGAAUUCAUCAGACGACCUGCCGCUCACCGCCGAGUACAAGUUACUUCCUUCAGGUGUCGCCGUACCCACGAGAGGCGCUGGAUCGACCACCGGGCGAGGACUCAAAAGCUAUGGAAAAGUCGGAAGAGCACAGGGCAGCCGGUCCGCGGACAGCUCGCAUUUGGCGCCUCUGAAACGGAAUCGGAGCCUGGAGGACGCAGGCCUGGUGCACGCCUCGGACGCGUCAGUUCGCGACUCGCAGUUCCAGACUCCGGCGCUUCAUGCAGCCGGUCCCCUCGUGCCAGGCUCUAUGGGACUUCCCACGUCGAAGGGUACGGGCGGCGGCGCGUCUCUCCAGUCACCUACACCGCUUUUGAGCGCUACGCAUGCAGCAGAUGUGACGCCAGUUGCACCGCUGCUUGCCGAACCUGGAUUUGAGGGUGCAGACAGUCUUCUUCCUGCUCUGUUCGCUUGGCGGAAAGGAAACCAGUCGCCCUCUGCGGGCCUUGAGGCUUGUACAGGCUCAGACGAUGGGGCGUCGGCGGGUCUCCAACGACAACUUGAACGGCUUCGCCGCGCGGCUGCUGUCGCAGCAGGCGUGCUGCCUCCUGCAUCCUUGUCCACGUCGGCACAUUCGUCAGAGUAUGCUUCGGUUGCUGGGGGCAUCGGCGGAGGCGGAGACGGCCUCACGGCGCUGGGUCUCUCUGGGCUAGUUGGGGUUCCGGCGUCUGUGCUUGGCAAGAGCGGGGCGUUUGGCGGAGCUGCAGCAGGGGGUCUGCCACCAGGUCAGCUCUUUGGUAGCAGCCAGAGCUUCCCACGAUCAGACGGUGUGGGUCCGUCUGGUGCCUCGGCUACCGCACAGUCUGCUAGUGGCGGAUCGGGGAAAAAGUCGAAGGAGCGGCUCUCUAUUCCUCCUCGGAACUGCGGCCCGAAGUUCGAGGAAGGAGCCCGCAUUCGGAACUUCACUCACAAAGAGUUGCUGCGAGCUGCCGACACGCCGGGUGCCUCGUUAUUUGAGGGUCUUCUCCUCUUACGGGCUGCGGGCAGCAUCUGUCGGUUUCACCUAGACGAAGUUUUUAUGCUGAUUGCCGUUGUAGUCGUCGAGCUCGUGACGCAGUGGUGGGUCAAACGGCGGUACUCUUUUCUGGCGAAGCAGGAAAAGAUGCUGAUGAAAAGGGAGAAGUAUCAGGCCGUCUUGCUCGCUGAAGAGGCUCACCAGGCGGCCGUAGAGGCAGAGCGCCAGGUGGGAAUCGCGCAGCGCGCUUUUGAAGCGGCCUCGCAGUCUCUCGCAUGCGCCAAGGCGAAAGUCGAGAGAUUCGACCCGCUGUCCAUGGCAUGUGUCGAGGCAUGCCGUGAAGAGGCUGUAGAUGAGAAACAGGGCGAACACCUGGCCGGGACGGACGGUGGCUUUGAACUUCAUGCGAAUACAGCGGAGGACUGUGCGAGCGGUGAAGGUGUAGGAAUGAGCAACGGAAGCAUGAGACGGUCGCGAUCCGUAGAUCUGUCAUCGUCACGGAAAGAAGGCAGAGACAGACUGCGCCGCCGUCGAUUUCCUCCACUCCACUUGGCCCCUCCACUUCGACGCAGACUUCUGUCUGUGCUCCGCGGAUCCGCGCCCGGUUCGACCUUGGAGUGCUCGGGGGGUGAUGCAGACGACAUUCGCGACGCGCUGGCGUCUUGCGAUGGCCUUUCGAUCCCUCAGUCGACGACGCCUCAGCUGCGCCAGCAAAUCGUGCCCUAUGAAGGCAUGACCCUCCACGAGCUGUGUUCUGAAGAAGGUGUGCAGAGACUGGUGGACGAGAAAACUCGUCGAGAUCGACGCAGCGUUGAGCGGAGCAGAGAGAAGCGUGAAAAACUGUCGAGGAUUUUGACGGCAGAGCCAUCACGCAAGUGGGGUUCUGUUGCAGAUGAGACGAAACGGGCAGGCCAGCAGCUGGAGCAAGCGCUAUCGGACGUGAACAACGAUGCAACGAUGGCAAUGACGCAAAGCGAAGGAAAGCGCCACACAAGCGCUGAGGAGCUCGACGAACCUGACGAGCUCGGAGAACACGAAGCGCCGAUGGCAGAGGGUACGGAAGAUACCGGCGUGGGUGUGGCGGGCGAGAAAGAACAGGAUGGGGACGAGGAUCCUCAAGUCAGCGUUUGUAAGACGGUUGGCCGGGUCCCGAGACAGGGCGGACCUGGCCGAAGGAAGGUCAUCAGGGACAGGGAACAGGAGGACACUCAGCAAGCACAGGGAGAACAAGAAGGUGAACCCCUCUACAGCCAGCUGUCCUCUGCAGCGGUUUCGGAGGAAGAUGACGACACUUACCGAUACAGUGACCAUGUAGGAGCUAUUUCGAGCAGCAGUGAGCCGGAAUGUGUGGCGCCGCUCUUCGAUCCUGAGGACGGUGCUCGUAUCCUGUCUCAGCGCCGUAGGCAACUACAUCUUCGUUUUCUUCAUCGGUGUGCGAGGAAGGUGUUGGGGUUUGAUGGCGAAAAAGAGAACGAUCGACCGAACCGUCGGUGUUUUGCAUCCGAUAGUGAUACCAUCUCUCAUCAUCUGUAUACAGCCGGGGAUCUCUCUCUCACCUCCACUAGGAGAGCGAGCACACAAGGCAAGAACCACUCAGGUUUUGGGGUGUCUGUAACCAGCUUCAAUGGUGAACCCAUGUCUUGUGCGUCGGAGGGUUCAAACGAGACGAUGACGCCAGAGAUGUUGCUGGGGCUUGCCGGCACUCGCCGAAAGCUGGCGGAAGCCAAUGCCACUUUAGCGGAAGCGAGGCAGAAUCUCGACGACGCGAAGAAAACAGCGGCAGCGGCGCGGCACGCAGCUAAUGAGGCGGACGCACGAGUUGAACGUUUAGGCAAGGACUUUAUGGAUGGCCUAGAUUUGGAUAAAAUGGAGAGUGGAAAACGGAGGGCACGAGCAAGUCGAUCUAGCACUUCCCUGUGGCAGGACUGUCCCUGGAAUGUCGGACUGGAAUUGUGGGAAUGGAUUCCACAUGUCGUCCGUGGGGCGAGUUCCUCGCGAAGAUCUCGAGACAGAGUUGGACGAUCAAGCUUGUCCCAGGGUUCUGCGUCACCGCCUCUGGGAGUGCAGCCUCCUGAGUCAUUGAAGCACCACGAGGCGAUCGAGCAUGGAGUGCGGGCGCGAGAAGGACAGGCCCAAGUCUUAUCGAGUCGUAAACCGAGCUUGUGUAGCCCGAAGAGCGAGGGGCCGACUAGCGUUGAAGACAAGGAGAAUGUUACUGGAGUGGUUUAUUCUCCGGAAGGGGAUGAUAGUGAGCAGGGGCAGUCACCUCUGGGUGCUUUGACAGACACAGAAUGGAAUGGGAGCAAGAAGAGCCAGCAUUCCCGCAGACAUUCUCCGGCGUCGGUGCCUUCCACAUCGUCGCACUUUGGUCCCCACCGGAGCCGGUCAAAGAGAAACCGAGGGAAGCGACUAUCGGCGUCGCCGCAGCGUGGCUCUUCUGUUUCCGGUGACAUGCACGCUCCACGAGCGAAUGGGCAUCUCGGUGAGGAUUACUUUGCCUUGGAUUCGUGGGGAGGCGGGGACCCGCACGCCCACGCAGGAGAGCCUCGGCCGUCCACGGUUUCCGCAGGUUCUGCAGGGGGCGAAGGCGAUUUGAUGGCUGUCUCCUCGCCACAACAAGACGUCUUCGUCGCGAAUGGAGCGUUCGUGGAGCAGUCAGGCAACCCGAGCGGGUACGGCUCUCUGCGCUACGGCUCGAGGAGAAAAACCGUCAGGGGAGACGAGGACGUCACGAGGCAAGGGACUGCCUCCCUACCCUCGCCUGCUGCGAUUCCUGGUCUAGGACAGGGUCCGCAGUGGGCAACCGCAGCUGCUGCUCGGCGUGCGGCAGCAACCCAGUGUGUUUUGUGGGGUUUCUGCGAGUACCUCGGCAGCUUUCUGCCGGAAGACGAAAGUAGCAGUCGGUCACUGUCCUAUGUAUACGUAUCGUCGUCGCUUCCACAGGAGGCAGCGUCCAGUACAGGCAGUGGAACCGCGCCUGCAACCACAGCAGUGGCAUUGUUUAAGCGUUCGUUGAGAGACUUUGACUUCAUCAAGAAGGAGUAUGCUUUCCGAUUGUUGCCUCCACAAGCUGAGCACCAACAGCAGCAGCUCGCUGUGCAGCUCCACGAGGAUGAAGGCAGCCUAUGGGGCUUGCCUGCGUCGCGUGAUCUCAGCACGCCGUGUGAUGGCAGGCGAUCCGGAGGAGAAGCCUUAGCGGAAACAGACGAGGGGCGAGAUGGGGAAGAUGGCAUCCGGAAGGCAACUGGGGCAGUGACUCCGAGUCAAGCGAAGGUGUCUGAUGGAGAGCAGGACUCUGGCGACAGCACAGGCAGCUGCGGUUGGAGCGACGAUGCUAACGACACGACGGAAACUUCGAUGGACGACAGUGACGACGAGGCGGGGACUCCCCUGCACUUAGGAGGGCAAGUUAAGUCAGCACUAGAAAACCAGGAGAACGGCGAAAAGGGGUGCCAUCGGUACCGUGCUGAGUCGUUCUGUGCAUCGAACCGUGUGCGUGGGAGGAAAUCUCGAAGACGGCGAACUACAGAAGGAGGCGGCGACCAGGAUGAAGACGAUAAAGCAUCGGUGAUGUCGCUUACGCGUUUAGUCGAGAUGCUCGAUUCUCUUCCCCUACAAAUCCCCAUGAAAGGCCGGCUUGUCUACACUUUACUUUCUGCAGUCGACUGGGCAGUUCAGGCCCGAGAGGCGAUCUCGUUCUUCCCAAGGGACUCUCUGCGCCGGCAGUGGGUGCAGCUGAUCCAAGACGCCGGAGACACACCACAGGACCCGCCUCUGCCUGUAACGCGUUCACUUCUUCUUUCUCAUGUGGCGUCUACUCAAAAACGGAACACGAAAGAUGACACAGAGGGAAGACAGAGGGGUGAGACAGAGGCAGCGGCGGUUGAGGUGAACGACGAUCAGACCGCCAGUGGAGGCACUCCUCAGAGCGGGCGCGACGCGAGUCAAGGAGCUAACGAUCGAGUGCCUGCCGUGAUGUCUGGAGAGCCUCGUGAGGCUGUGGCAAACGGCCGGCGAGCGGAAGAAACUGCCGCUGUCAUUGCUGCCACUCAGGCCUCUGUACCCAUCAGAUCCCCGGGACUGGUUCUCGCCACCGACGGCACGGUUUUGCCGCGUCCUGGGAAGCCCGCCAACGACUUCGACACUCUUGAAGCUUCAGGUGAGCAGCGCGAAGACGCAGUCGACGACGGGGAGGCUUCCAUGCUUCAUGGUUCCUCGUCCCUUCGCUCUCGGCGGCGACGGGCUGCACGGUCGUUCUCGCCUUCCUCGCACGACUGCCAACGUUUCAGUCAGCAGCGCCUCUCGAAUGGGCAGUCGGUGGACGAGAACGCGACAAGUUUGUCACCGUCCUGUACCACGCCAAAGGUGUCAGGAACCGGGGCCUACGGUGUCUCGGGCUCCCGAAUUGACACAGCGGCAAGCGAGUCUCCGCAGGACAAAUUCCUGAUCCAGACCUUCCCGCACCCCACUCUGUCGCCGAUUCAGCGCGCUUUCAUCUAUGUGGAGGAGGCGUCUGCGCUGUUGCAUGCGACCUCCCCUGAGGUCUGUCUGGUGUGCGCCCGGCCGCCUACCGUGCCCCGAGCAGCUGCGGUGUCUGCAGCGUCAGUCUGUGCGGGGACAGCUGCCGACCUCGACGACGAACUCGCCCGAGAAGGCGCCGAGGGAAUUGCUGCUGGCCGCUCCUGGAUUCGCUGCGUCGAGUGCUCCAGGGCGUUCCACGUUGCAUGCGUUGAGAAGCUUGCCAGACAGCAGCAGGCGAUGAGAGACCCAGGCCACGACAGCUUGGGCGCGGGGGCGGAAGGCCCGACCAGCGUUUUCGCCGAUCAAGCCACCGGCGUGGGCCUGAAGUCGCCCUCGGCUGGCGCCUUCCGGGCCAGUACGCCGGGCACUGGCGGCACAGACGGCGACGGGUCGAGACUUCGCCGCGGACAAGAGGUGGGAGACGAUGAGUUCGAAAGAGCACGACACGAGACCGAGGAUAUGCAAAGGAUCUCAGUAGGACCUCUGGAGCCGGCAGCCGGCGCGGGAGAGCGCGACUUCUUUAAGGGCGGAAGGGAGGACGAAGAUUUCUUUGGGUGCAGCUUCUCUGUUGGUUGGCGGUGCCCGUGCUGCAUCGUUAGAACCGGGUCGUUCUCCGAAACAGCGCUGGAAUUCUUCUUCCUCACCUUCACCGAAACACUGCGCAUCGCCAUGGAUUCUGAUGGAACACGGAGAAUGCCCUCGUUCAGACGCGUGCAUCGUCUGCUUAAGACUGCGUCUGGGUGGCCACUGCGAGGUAUCCAGUUGCGCGAGCGCCGCAUUCUCCAGCAGAGGCUGUGUCUCCUUCGUCUGUGGCUGUCCGACUACCACACGUUCCUGCUUUCACUGCCGACAAAGCAGAGCACGCUUGCCGACGUCGGCGCCUUCAGGCGGAUAGCCGAACGGGAGAGACACCUGAAGGCUCUCUUGCCUGCACCAGGGUGCGAGAACGAGGAAGCCGGCGAGCACCAGUGUUCGGAAACACAAAGGAGAAAACCGGGAGAGGAAGACGUGGCACUUGACGUGGACGUAGAGAGGACGGCGGAAGAUGGAGGGGAAAACGAUGGAUGUGAAAGAGAUGACGAUAACGGCAUCAAGGCACAGCCGCAGGACGGCAGCAGGGGCGCGUCUGACUGGCCAGCGAGAGAGCCUACCGAGAAUGAAAAGGCAGACGGAGAGGCUGAGUCAGUAGAGACACCUCGCGACGCUGAAGCACUCACAAGCAGACUGGAGUUAGAAAGAGAGACGAAGGUGGAAGAGCAGUGGAGUGGAGCCACGGACGCCAAGCGGAACGGAGGAGAACUCGCAAAAAAAAGUGUCGAAGACGCUCAGAACGGCGCUGAGAAAAAGGAACGGUUCGCAUCCGUGGCUGAGGGCGCAGAGGGAGAAUGUCUUCUCGGAGAAUCAGAGGAAGCCCGAGGAGGUAGGAACGCUGAAAUGACAGAAGGGCAGGAUGGGCAGGAGACGGACGGUACGGGAAAACGGUCGGCGGAACCCGGUUCUUGGUCGGUCUUCUCGAAGCAUGGCGAAGAGCAAGAAACUCGGUACAGUGCCGCUCCGCAGACAAAUGCAGAGACAGACGACCAGGGCAAACCUGUGCCGAAUGAGAGUGGCCUCGCCGCGCCUGACGCCAGUGACGUGAAAAUGGAGCAAGAAGACAAAGACGAAGAAGACGACAGAGCGGACGACAAAGAUGAAGAAGAAUCCGGGGAACUACCUGAAGGCUCUGAUACGACCCCUCGCCAUCCCAACGCUCCCCAAAAGAAGCAAAAGGCAGCUAUGGCGCCUUCGACAAGGACGACUCGGAGUCGGACAGGAGCGAUAAAGGCGCCGUCUGCACGGCAGAUGCUUCAUCUGGAUCGGCGAGGGACGAAGCUUCAGGGCCGGAAAGCAAGAGGAGUGUCCCGCGGAGGCCGCUUGCCCGGCGCCUUCGGACAGUAUGGGGGGACCCAACUGGGCGCCUUGUCGGCCACGCAAAACAGUGGGUUCUUUGCGGCCUCGCAGACAACCAUCCCUGGCGCCAGUACAAGUGACUUCGACGCGUCUCUUGCCGGGGCUUCUGGCGGCGCUCUGAACGCGUUCUGGUUCCUUGAAGAUGGCACGGGCUUCACAACCCAGGGAGGCCCAUCCAGCUGGCAGGUGUCUCUCCUGGACCCGGCCGGCGCGGCGCACCGUCUAUCUGUCUCUGCAGCGGGCGCCAGACCUGCAAAGCGAAUGGGAGGUCCAGGACGCGGGAAACGCGGGCCGACCGGAACCAGUCAGUUGGCGGCUUUGGGCGUUGACGUCCUAGGCCGUGUUCGUGGGCCUAGCGGGAAAGCAGUCCCCGCGAACAGCUCAGCGCGGCGCGGCAGAGGACGCCGAGGUCAUGCUGCCCACCGUCUGGCAGGCGGGCGGGGACCUGGCGGCUCCUUGGCUGGCGGAACGACCGGAGAUAGAAGUGCGGAGCAGGAGGACCCUGGCUUGAGACUCGAGAGAGCGCGGUUGUUUUCCGAGGUCGAGAACCGUCUCUUGGGCCGGCUGAUUGUCCACCAGGAAGCAGACAGCGCAGACGACAGAGACGAGGAAGAACGAGAGGAACGCGGAAACGUGGCGCAUUUCGCGGCGGAUAGUUGGGAAGCGAGCCGGAGAGUGGCGGGGGACCAGGACCCAGACACGGGAGGCGGCAUCGCAUUUGGAGGAGACGCGGGCUCCCGUGCGGUAUCGGAACACGAAGAAGGAAGCCUAGGUCAGGACAGCGUGUCGCCAGGCACCAAGCGGCCACGGCCGCGGGGUUCGGUCCUGAUGCCUGUCGCGACCUCGGGAAAUAGUGGACGAGGAUACGACGACCGGGGCAGUGGAGACGAGAAGGACGGGGCUGAGCUUCUCGCGUCUCGGGCAGAAGACGGGAGAAGGACUGUCAUCGAAAUCAUUCUGCCGAAUGGCCUAGGACACCUAAGAAAGGGCAUGCGCGGCCUCGACUGGGGACGCGUCCCAGAGAUCCAAGGGCUCUCCUUGAUGCUGUGCGUCGGAAUGUUCAUUGGCAUUGGACGGGUGGCAGAGGUACACGAACUCGACCUGCUCCUUGACCAACUCUACAAAUGGAACAGCGCCCUGAAGCUUGUUGCGGACAUCCUGCCUCAAAGACGCCGAACAGCCCAUGCGGGUGCAGCUACACGGCCAGCCAGCGCGCCUCUCCCUCCAAAGGCGUCGCCUGUGCCCGCGACGUCAGCUGGACCUACGGGCGCCUCAGACAGUUUCUGCGCGGCCCCGUCUGGAGGCACUCUCGGGAAGCCGGUGGAGUCGUCUUCUGCUCCAGCUAAUCAGAGUGCCCACGGUGCCUCAGAGUGGCCUUGUGUGUCGUUUGCUGCUCUGAAGCUCUGGCUUUCCGACGCUCGCCCCCACAGAGCUGUGUCGGUCCCCUAUUUGUGCAAAGCACAGACUCUGCUAACGGAAGGCAUGGCCCUACAGGCACGGCUGCAGGAGGCCCUCGCUGAAAUAGAGAAAGAAGAAGAAGAUGAGCGUUUGUCCGAAGCACAAGACGUAGAAAAACAGGCCAAAGAGACAGAGGCAAAGACUGGGCAGGAAGAGUCAGGAGAUCGAGGGGCUGCACAUGUAACUGGAGGCGCGAUGUCUCCGGCGAGCCAGGAGUCACGGAACGGUGUUGGCGGAGAGCGAUCGCCGGAGAGAAGUAACGAAGAGGCAAUGGCCGCGUCAUCCUCGGAAUCCCGUGACGCGGAGCCUCCGGUGCAUACGCCCAGUGACGCCGCCAAGACAGCGCAAGGCUUUGCAAGAGCUGCAGAGGACCGCGAUGGCUCUGUGGCAUCAGGACCAACUGGAGGGCUUCAGAGGUCUGCCCACGGAGAGGCGAACAAGGAAGAGGAGGCCUGGAAGAGCCUGGAUGCGCUGGUUGCUGCUCGGAGGAGAAUGUGGGCAGCGCGCGUCGGGGGCCACUCUGAGGCGGGCGUAGCCCAGCAAGUGCGGCUCCCAUGUGGCGACAGGGAAGCCCUUUGUCUCCUCGAGAAGCGACACGUGGAAUGGCUGAAACUUGAGCAGCAGCUCUUCAACGCAGGAAUUACAGGACUCGAAGGCGAGGAAUUCUUCCACCAUCUGGUCGCGUGCAGUGCAUGGUUCCGCGAGGCGUCCCUCCUUGUCGCGUCGAUUCGCUUUCACCGAUUGCAGAGUCGAAGAAAGCGUCGCGCGUCUCUGCCGAGCAAGGGAGAAGGAAUAGCCUCUGAGGAGCCUUGCUCGCCAAGAACGCCAGCUCUUCCGCCUCAAAGCACGACGGCAGAGGGCCAGCCACCUGAGAGCCGCGAGGGGCAAGUCGGCGAGCCAGACGGAACUGGGGGAGAGAACAGCCAGGUGCAGAAGCCAGUCGCGGCCCCUCCAGUUCCACUUAUUCAAAGGCCCGUUUACCACUUGUGGCGCAUGAUUCAGGUGUACGGCCCGUUAACAAGCAAGUGCCUGGAGCGCUGCAAGAAACGAGCCGAGAUAAAGAAGAAGCGCGACGAAACGUCUUCGGCGUCGGAGAAGAAUGAACAGCAGCCGGCUCAGUCUGCUGUGAAAGUCGAGGACCCCGAUGCCAUGCCAGGCGGUCAGCCAGCAUCUCAGCCGGAUGCGACGGCUGCAGGUGUCGCGGCAAACUCAACCGAAAACGAGGAGCGCGACACACUUCUGGCCUCCAGCGGCCGGGCGUCUCCGCGGAACGUAGAGGCAUCUUCAAAGGCAGUCUGUGGCAGAGAGCCAGAGGGGCACCGACGGGAUGGGGAGGUGGAGAAGCCUCUGCCCAUUCGAGGUAGUGUGCGGGUCUUUGUUGAGCAGGGCAAGGUCCUCAGCUGUCUUCUCCGCUCCACUUUGGAUCGUGCCAUGGCUUUCGAGAAGAAACUUCGGAGCCUGCAAAUUGUUUCGUCUCUCCCCCCGAUUGUGCUCCCAAAGAGCGAGGCCGCAGCUCUGGUCGAUGGUCAUUGCUCAACGCGGUCUGGGCCAGGUUCAGAGAACUCGCCGAAACAUGGUGACGCAGAACGCACAGAACGAGGGACAGAGCAGUCAGGGACGCCGUCGCCAGGCAACAGCGGAGCAGACGCCGAGAUCGCCAGGCAAGGAGACAAGCAGCCGAAUCUUGCAGGACAGGAGUCUCGAAGCACAAAGGCGCCAGCGGCACAGCCAGCAAAAGCUGACACGGUCGACACGCCUACAAUGCCGGAGGCGGCUGGAUGCCAGACAGCAAGCCGUGCAAGCGAGCGGGGAGACAAGGAACGCACAAAGGAAACGAAACCCGAAAAGCUCACCAUGGCUCAGUGGGAUGAGUUGCUGGACGAAGCAGAGAGCAUAGGAAUCCGCGUUGAAAGAGUCGACUGGAUCUUCAAGGAAAACGAUGCCGUCCGACGAUGCGAGCAGCAUUUGCAAAUGGUUGCAAACAACGAACUCAAACUCCCCUCGGUGCAAGCCCUCCAUGCUCUGGUGACAGAGGCAGCAUCUUUGCCCGUUGCCCUGCCAGCACUUUCAGCUGUCGAGGCCGGCGUGGCGUCUCUGCUGUCUUGGCGAGCGAACGCGGAAGCAGCGCUGCACCAAGUUCAGCUGCACUUGCUUCUUCAGCGGCGACAGCAGGCGGCUCCACAGUUACUCCAGCAGUUGCAGCUGCUUCAGCAGCUUCAGCAGCACCCGUUGAACAUUGAGGCCAUUCGUGGGCUUCUGCGGGAAGCCGAGAACUUGCCUGUCCAGGCAUCAAGUGUCCCGCUGUUCCAGGAGCUCUCCCAGCGCCUGGAGGAAGUGACACUGCUAGAACAGCAGCAGCAAGCAGAAAGGUCGAGGGACGGCGCGAAGCAACUUCAGAGUUCCCUCUCGUCUCAGACAGGCUGGGGGGCUGCCUUGGCUGCUGUGGCGGCUCAACACCAGCAGCAACAGCAGCAGCUUCUGCAUUUGCAACAGUCGCACAGCCGCAGCCCCGAAAAUACCGCUCUCCCACAUGGUCCGACGCCGUCGCCAGCAAGUCUCUCGCUUGCCCAGUCGCUUCUCUCCGGAGUAGGUGGGACUGGAGGCGGCGCGUCGUCGGCUGCGGCCGCCGUUGCCGCGCUUCACCAGCAGCAGCUCCUGAGACAUCUGGCAGGGGGAAGUGCCUCCCAGGUUUUCUCAGGGAAGCCCGGCCACCAUCCGCUUCAGGGUCGUGUUGGAGCGGCGGCUGCUGGCACUCCCGGAGUGGACAGUGACGCCGACAGGGCAAGCCUGCACGAUGGGGACGACAGCGGUCUCGGAGGGGCACUAGGCCCGAAGCGAGGCCCGCGCGGGGGCGCGUUAGGAAGGCCGAAGAAGAAAUCGCGAACUUCGGUGCCGCCUGGUCAAGUGACAGGCUCAGGUCCGGUCACGCCAACUUCCCUUUCCCAGCAUGGAUCGCAUUCCCUAGGCCUUCCUGGUGGUGUCGGCGGAGGCGCUGGCGUGUAUGGAUCAGGAGGCCAAGGGGCUGUCUUCUCUCAUUCUGCCCUCGCGCACUCCGAACAGGGCCAGGCGCUCCAACGCGGAGGCGUUGGAAGUGUUUCCGCAGCCGACAGAGGCGUCGGAGGCAGCUCGCGCCCCGGCGCUGGGGCUCUGUCUGCCCACAGCACGAGUCAACACGAAGGGGGCGGAGGCGGCUCGCCUUCAGCUGUUGCGGCAGCUACCCAGUUGCUUCUCCAGCAGCAGCUCCACCACCAUCAGCAACAGCUGCAGCAGCACUUGCAGCACCAGCGGCACCAGCAGCUUCUUCAGCAGCAGCUACUUCAUUCGCACCAGGCGUCGCAGCAGUCGCCCGGCAUGAGGCCGGCGUCUUCCGGGGGGGCGCCGGAUUUGCCUUCUGGGUCUCCAACCGCCAUGGGAGGAAGUGGAGGCAGUGAAGGACUCGUUAGCGGAAGCACGGGAGGGCAGGGGCAAUCCGUGCUGCAGCACAGGCUGCAACUUGAUCAUCUCCAGCAGCUGCAGCAGCAAGUGCAGAGACAACAAUUGCUGCAGGAGCGGCAAAUGCUACCUUCUGGAGGACAGCCGCAACUCCAGUCUCAGCAACUUCAGCAGCUUCAGCAACAGCGCGCUCAGCAACAGGCUCUCCAGCAGAGACAAAUGCUUCUCCAACAACAGAUGCGACAGCAUCUGUCCCAGCCACCUCAAGGCAUGCCGCCUCCACGAUAA